UCUACUUUUCUGUGCACAUCAAGUCUGUGACAUGAAUGAGCUUCUUUCAUAAAGAGAAAGCAUACAACUAGGCAUCAAUAGAUCGAAGUAUGCAUGCAAUAUAGACAAUGCAGUUGGACAUAAGUAUGAUGUGGCAUGCAGGUAAUCCAUUCUAGUCAUGGGCUUGAGCUGCUUUUGUCCCCGGAUUGAACUGUCAUGGCUGCCGCGCGCUGUUGACUGAUUCUGGUUGGACAGGAGGCGGAAAAGCGCUGGCUCUGUGCAUCCGAAAUGAAUGGGGUCAAAGCCAACCCUGGCGCUCAGGUUGGGAAGGAAGAGAGGGGCAUUUGGCAUAAACGCCUGCGUCUCAGGAAGACCUCCUUUUCAUUCCCUGCUGAACGAAACACUGUGAAACAGGAGAGGAAUGUCAUUGCACGUGGAUGGAACGUAAAAGAGAAGUCGGAGAAGCGACCUCAAAGUCUUCAUGCGUUAAACACAUUCACCUGCUCCUCAUGCAAAGAUGGCGUCUCUUUCAGACCUGGCCAAUUAACAAUGCAUUAUAAGAUCGCCCACGGAGGCGAAGGAAGCCCCCCGGUGUUUCCAUGCAACAUGUGUAAUUUCUCCUCUCCAGUGUUCACUACGCUUCAGCAGCACCGAAUGCAACACGAGGAUUGUUUGUUCGUUUGUGAGAUUUGUGAUGACGACGUCCAGCGAACGCUUCCCCAACUGACCAAACAUUGUCAAACUCACCAUGCUCUAAACGGUCAAUACUACUGUCCGAAGUGCAAACUCUCCAUCCAGGAGAUCAAGCAGUUUGUGUGUCACUCGUGUUGCAUUACCAAUGGCAAUGCACAGAAAAACACUCUCUUGAAGCACAUGGCUGCUGCAUGCCGUCAAAGGUGGAGCCGCAGGAAUUGGUGGAGAAAGCGGGCACACGUCCAGCAAGACAACAACAUGUCCCAAGAGUUAAAGUUCUUACUUCCAAAACCAGAAGCCCAGUUGACAUCCCCAUUGCUCCCGUUCUCCACACCCGGUCUACUGCACGACCACGGCGUCUUGCUGGAUCCAGAGAAGACCUUGGAGGAAACACAGCAGUUUCUUGAAAGGACUGUGGGUAGUGCUAAAAACUGGCCUGCAUCUUUCAAAAGCGAGCGAGAGUUUGUUUCUCGCGCGCCAACAACACCCCAUCCGUCACAAACGAAUGCGAAGCGGUGUACCGCGCCACACACUGGGAAAGAUAAGCUAAUCGGACUCAUGGAGAAGAACAAUAUAUCCGUUCCUCCAGACUGCACUACAAAGCUGGUCGGAUUCAAGAUGGUGGACGGCAAGAAGCAUGUAGUCCUCAAAGUCAUUCCUUCAAACAAUCGAGAUGUUUCGAACGGUGCUGUGAAACCUGUCAAUCAGCGAAACGAAUCCAAUGAUGUUAAACCCUCAGGAAACUGUUCUCAGGUGACAUCUAGAAGGUCUUCGACCCAAAGAAGGAAGCAGGGACGAUGUGUAGCUCAGAAGGAGAGUUCGUCUUCAGUGGUUGAGAAGAUACAAAGCCGACAAACUGAUGCAUGCAACAGUCAGGAGCAUGCAACUAUUCCAAAUGCAUGCAACGCCUGCGAUAUACAAAGUCCCCAUGCAAAAAGAGCGAAUGACUGCCAAGCCUUCAGUGAAUCCGAGGAAAACUUUACUGCAUGCCAAGGAGAUUCCGGUUGUAAUAGCGAUCUGACUUCGGAUACAGGUUCUUUGGAGGAAACGUGUAGUUCACGACUCCUUACAACUGUGUUUGAUGAAGAACCCAAUCUCGCACUGGAUUCAAACUUCGUUCACCAUCAGCCAAACACAUGCUCCAUCUCUGGGCUUGAUUGCAUGGGUCCGUCCUCUGGAUCUCUCCUGAAGGAUCUGAAUGAGUCUUUGUGUCAGAGUGAAGCCGGGGACCUGUUAUUCCAUGAGUGCACAAACAACAUGGACCCCAGAGAUUCUCUGGUCCCGGUGGGUCAGCACGACUGUGAGAGCGAAAGCCUGAGCGCUCCAGAACUGCUUCACAUGGUGCAUGAGCUGCCUUUAACAACAGCCAUCCAUUUGCUGGAUGAGACGAGAGAGGAUCGGACGUUAUCGGCACACGUCAGCUCUGAUGAACCUCUGAAAGAUUCAACACGCGCUGGAGAUGCAAACCAGCGAUCUGAGCCGGUCAGUGCUUACAUCUUCUCUCAUGAUGCAAACUCUUCCUCAUCCGGAUCCAGCGAGUCGAGCGGCGCUCUCGCUGCACUGAACAGAAAGCGCAUGGGAGAAACGUCCUCGGUGGACUCUCCCAUCACCAAAUCCCAGAAGCGAUCGACUCGGGCCUCGGAAGACGUCAGCGGCUCCGUCCUCUUCUGGGAGCCGGUGGCUCGAGACUCUCCGGUGACCCUUCGACUGAUUCCCUUCAGCUCCUCGCAGUCUGUUAAAACCCCACGCGACGACCAGCCCGUCAUAGUCCUCAACCAUCCCCACACGGAUAUCCCCGAGGUCACCAACAUCAUGAAAGUAGUCCACAAGCACAAAGACGGCGUGCAGCGCGUCGUACUUUCUCGUAAAACUCUCCGAGCUCUUUCCGAGUGUAACUGCGAUGCCUUUCGCGAUAAUCUCGUCGCCACUUGCCACCACCGCAGGAGAGAAUGGCCGAAUGGGACGGUUAAAGAACGGGUCAGCUUGAAACUGAGGCUCAAAAGAGUGUGUGGACGAAAGUACACCGUAGUACCGACUGUGUCGGAGACUUUGGUGCCGCAGCCGACGUUUAGAUGCUGGUUCUGCGGCCGGCUUUUCACAAACCAGGAAGCUUGGGUGGGACACGGACAGAGACAUCUAAUGGAAGCAACCAGAGGCUGGAACCAGCUCUUCCACAGAUAGAAAUGCGUUCGGUUUCCUGCAUUAGUGCUGUGAAGACUCAGGGUUACCAUGCAGAUUUAUAGUAAUAAACCCGUUCUCAGGCGAUUUGAAUAUUUAUGAUGACACGAGCAUUAUUUAUUUUGUUCCACACUGUGAAAAAAAGUGCAGUGCAUUAUCUAAUAGACUAAAAAUCAGUGUGUUUUGAUACGGUCGGACCAAAGCCUUCUCACACGAGACUGUGAUAGAUCAGGUUUCGUGAGAUUAUUGCAGAGACCUCAGGUAAUAUUGUCAUAUUCCACUCUGUUUGCUACUAAUAGAAGAAGUGUGUUGACCUUCACUUCACUGAUACUUUAUGUAGCUUUGCAUUAUUUUAUAGUUUUACUGCUCUCUUUGUUGAUUUCCCAAUCAUCUUUCAGAAGACGUAGAGACUGAAUGUUUACAGGACUUGUUGAUUCUCUUUGUAGGAGGCUGUGGAUCUGGUUUAGCUUCCGGUUUAUUUAGCAUUAGCUUCAAACUACAGCUGUAUGCGAGAGCAUAUGUUCACGGAGGAUUCACUGAAAUUAUGUUUUGUAUUUAUGCGACUUGUCUGUAUUUAUUUUUCAGCACGCAGUCGGCUGAUAAGUUACAAUGGUGAGUUUAAUCAAGAGUUGAAAUGAAUUACCUUACAUUUAUUAAAUUGGUAAUGUAUUAUUCAUGGAUGAAGAAUGUUGCAACUGAUCUAGUUUUCCCCCAAAAUAUAUUUAUUCUCAUUUAUGAAGCCAAAGGUUUUUUUAGGAUCAGUGUAAUCUGGUCAGGAUAAUAAUUUCUUGAGUUAAUUUUUCAGCAGGUCAAACUCUGAUUGCACUGUGAACCAGGCACUUAAUAGUGAGGUGCAUUUCUGUAAAGGUUUGAAGAUGGUCUGUGAUCCACUUCACUUGAAAACCAAAGUAAACGUGUCUCUUAUGUUUGUGUAGAAGUUUAAACACUGUUAUUAUAGAAGUGCCUCUAAAAACAAAAAACACUUUAGAGCUAUCAGGAAAUAAAGAAAUAUAAUCAUUUGUUUGUUUUUAUGUUUUUUUCUGAGGUUGAGGUACAUAUAGCAUUGAGGUUUGCAUAUCAACAGCAUCUUUGUUUUGCACAUACAUCAGUCCUUUCUUUUUUACUACACUUGUGUACUGGGAAAAAAAAAAACAUUUUCAAAUGAAGUCACAAAACGGAUGAUCUGGAAGAUUGAAACAAACAUUUAUGUAAUUGAAUGUUCACUUAUGAUAAAUAUAAUUUUUUGGGUUGCCCACAUAAAGUUGCCAGGUAUUGCAACCUAAAAAGUGAUGAAAUUACAGGCACAUCAUUAAACAAAUGGAGAAACAGAAUCAACAGUAGCCUAUAUUUGGGGAAAAAAACGGUCAUUCAAUCUUAUACACAGGAUUGACCAAUCGAAACAUUUUUUGGAUUUAAGAUGCAUUGUUUUUUCCUGAUCCUUUAUUCUCUUACAGAGAAUAACUGUAAAGACUAAAAAAAGUCAAAUAAUAAAAAAGUGCAUAUAAUAAAUCUUUGAAUGAUUUUAAAAGGCAAUUAAAACGGGGAAAUUGUUUAGAAACCUUCCUGCAAAGCUACAGUACUGUUAAAAUUUUUAGGCACUUAUGAUGUAAAAUGAGGAUGCUGUCUAUUUUUCUCAAGUCUAUAAACUAAAUGAAAUCAAGGUUUGUUGUGAGCAUCAUUUGCAUUUAAAGCUGCUUUUGCCCUUGGUGCACGUGAGCGUAGUUUGUUGCAUGAGGUCUCUUGAA